AUGUCCAUCUUGAUUUUGUUCGACCGCGUGAGGUGAAAUAAUAUUUUAUUUUCUAGUCUGUGUUUUAUAUUUCGAAAUCCGAAUUAAAACGUUUUUAUAUGAAAAAAGUGUGAUCGUAGUACAAUGGUAUAUUGAAGCGUAAUUAAUGUAUUGGAGACAGCCCGCGCACAUUAAUUGCGGUAAAGCAUGUCCACUAUUAAAUUCAUACUAAAAGACCUCGGUGUUAUGAAAUUAUGGAGUGUCUGGACGCGAAGAUACAUUGUGAGCACGGUUGUUAGGCGGUGUAUACGCGAUCGUAGUUUGAAAGAUGUGAUAUUGCGUUUCAAACAUACAAUUUUGCGGCAACGCAGGACUUUUAUGAUUGCGGCUACAGCGGCGUAUAAAAAUCACUCUGAAACUCCUAGUUGUGAUCAAGGAAUCAGUGACGAUGAAAUGCAGGCACUGGUGUCUGAGAUGGAGAGUGUCCAGGGGCUGGCCAAGAUGACACUGUACUGCACCAGCUGCGGCAAGCGACUUGUGAUAGACCGGAAGCUGGCCGGAGUGAGCUACUGUGUAUGCAAAGAUCCGAAGCCUCUGGGUGAUUCGUCUGAGGGCUGGGUGCCGUACAUGGAGACAGAUGACGUAAUAAUAUGGCGCAAAGAGUACAAACCUGGGAAGGGUCUCUACGCUUACAAAGUGUACGGGCGGUACAAGGAGGUGCAGGCGAGCGACUUCGCGGCGGUGCAGGUGGACGGCUCGUACCGGCGCGUGUGGGACUCGGCGGUGGCGUCGCUGGCGGUGGUGCAGACCAACGUCGGCGGCGUGCUGGGCCAGGCUGUGCUGCAUUGGGAGGUGUUGUGGCCGAGACUAUUCGCAAACCGGGACUACGUCUACAUAAGGCGGCAUAAAGAGUACGACAUAAAGACUAAAUUAGAACCCACAAAACCCAUAGUCGAUAGUCCACCAACGUACCCCAAUAGCGUUCACGCUAAAGCGAAACGGAAAUCCAUAGAAAACUACGCUAGAGAGGAAGCCAAAGAGAUUAGCAACAAAGUGUAUAUAAUACUGAACAAGUCGUGUGAACAUCCCGAAGUUCCAGAGACGAAGCAUGCUAUACGUGUGUCGGAGUACUGGAGUCAUAUGGUUGUUAAGACUGUAAAUGGGACAGAAAAGCCGGGCAUGGAGUUCGUGCUGACGUACUACGACGAGCCGGCGGUGGGCGGCAUGCCGGGCGGCGUGGCGGCGUGGGCCAGCAGCCGCGCCGCGCCCGUGUACCUCGAGCGCAUGCGGCGCGCCGCCGCCGACUACCGCGCCUGGGCCGCGGGCAGGAGCACGCAGGAGCUUCCAGACUUCGUUCCGUUCGGACCGGACCAGGUACACGGGGAGUUGCAGAUACUGGAGCAAGACAUGGAGUCAUCCAAACAAGGGCCAGAACUUGAGAAUGUUUCAACACGCGACCAGGAGUCGCAAACUGAUGCCUUCCUAAUACACAACUAUAUCACUGACAUUAAGAAGGACAUCAGCAACGACAAUGGAAAAUCAAAAGACUUCAAAGACAGUGGAAACUCAAAAGACUCGAAUAACAGUGGAAACUCGAAAGACUCAAAAGACAGAAUAAUAAAAGAACACACAGAUGAGAAAUUUGAAACAAGAGAAGAGAAGAAUGGAGAUGGAGAAGUUAAAGAAGAUGAGAGUGAUGUGAAUAGUGAUGAGAGACGUGAUAGUGGUGAAAGUGGAACGGUGGUUAAUGGAAAUGGUGAUAAGAAGUCGGUGACAGUUGAUGAGAAAUCUUCAGAUGGUGAUGAUGAAAAGGACUUGAAGAACACACAAGAGGGAGACAGAGAGAGCGAAAAGCCACCAGAAGAAGCAGAAAACAAUGGCAGUUGGUGGAGAUACCUAUAUCCGUUCUACUAUUUCGUAUGACACACAAAGUAUAAUUAAUAUUCAUAAAACAAGACAGGAUAGCCCAGUGGAUAUAACCUCUGCCGUCGAUCCGUGGGUGCAGGUUUGAAUCCGGUCCGGGACAUGCACAUCCAACUUUUCAGUUGUGUGCAUUUUAUGAUAUAAAAUAUCACGUGUCUCAAACGGUGAAGGAAAUCAUGAAGAAACCUGUCUACCAGAGAAUUUUCUUAAUUCUUUGCGUGUGUGAAGUCUGCCAAUCCGCAUUGGGCCAGCGUGGUGGACUGUUAACCCCUCUUAUUCUGAGAGGAGACUCGAACUCAGUAGUGAGCCGUAUUUAUGUGUUAAUAAUAAAUAUUAAGAACAAACUAGAGAUUCUACUAGAGAUUUCUAUUGCGUUUACUAAUGUAAUAGUAGCAAGCAUUGACCUCUUAUAAUUAAAGGACGCACAAUGUAGAAAAUUUCACUUAAAAACUGGCCAAUUUUGCUUUGACAGUUUUAGAAUUAUUGGUAAAGAAAAUUAUACCUAAAGGCCUUUAAAUAUAGUACAAUAUUCAAUAAAAUCCCAUAUUCAGAGCAAAUUCAACCUUAAGUAUUGAGUUUAAGGUUGAAUUUGCAAAUGCGACUACUUGAAUUGAGUGCUAAGAAAUUGUUUGGAACUCAUUGAGUGGGGACGUUUUUUGGUCGCUGAUUGUGCUUCCACUUUUUAAUAGGAGAUCGAUGGUUGCAAGUGAAGAUUUUGACGCUUUUAUGUUUUACUGGUUGACCAGCAUUUGUAUUUGCUAACUCAGUGGCUUUAAGAUAAUAAAAGCCACCCAAAUAUAUUUGAUAUCUUAUAUUUUUCCAUAGUCAUUCAGCAGGUAACAGAGAGAUUUUGCUGGCAUUCCUCUCGCAUUUAAAGUAAUCACACCCAUUUUAAAUAAGUUCAUUUGUUAGGCAAUUUGACGGCCUCCGUGGCACAGUGGUAUGCGCGGUGGAUACAUGACGGAGGUCCUGGGUUCGAUCCCUGGCUGGGCCGAUUGAGAUUUUCUUAACUAGUCCAGGUCUGGCUGGUAGGAGGCUUCAGCCGCGGUUAGUUACCACCGGCAAAGGCGUACCGCCAAGCGAUUUAGCGUUCCGGUACGAUGUCGUGUAGAAACCAAUAGGGGUGUGGAAUUUCAUCCUACUCAUAACAGGUUAACCCGCUUCCAUUUUAGAUUGCAUCAUCACUUACCAUCAGGUGAUAUUGUAGUCAAGGGCUAACUUGUAAAUAAUUUGUAAAUAAUAAAAAAGUAAUAAUAUUAUGUUAUAUUUACUUUAAUAACCAUUAAAGCCCUGUGGAUUUAACCCCUGUCUUUGAUUGGGAGGGCGUAGGUUCGAAUCCAGUCUGGGGCAUGCAUCUCCAGCUAUUCAGUUUAGUAGUAAUUAAAUAUCAUGUAUCUCAAACAAAUAAAGUGAGGAAACCUGCAUAACUCUGAAUUUUAUUAUUAUUUUCUAUCAUUUAUUUACUUCUCCUUUUUUUAUUUUUUUAACAAUCUUAUACUUACAAAAUAUACAAAACACUAUUAAAAACUUAUAAAAAAAAUUAAAUUAAUUAUAUAAAAAAAAAAUAUUUUUAUUAUAUUAUUGUGAAGUGUGCCAAUCCGCAUUGGGCCAGCGUAGUGUUCUAACCCCUCUUAUUCUGAGAGGAGACUCGUGCUUAAUAUUGAGCCAAUCAGAACAGAUGAUGAUGGUGACUUUUAUAGUGUGGUUUUAUCUUUUGUAAGGCACUGAGUUAGUGAAUAACCCAGCAAUUCAAAUCACAGUCGAGCGACUUGUCUAUAAAUAAAUCUAAUCUAAUCUUCGUUUAUAUGUAUAAGCGAGCUAACGCCAUAAUAUAAUAUAUGUUAAGUUUUUGUAGAAAAAUAUAUCUAUUGUAAGCAAUGAAAUCAAUGCAAUAUUAAUUAUAAGGAAUACACUUAAGGCCGGCGCAUAUCUGGCGACGUUGAGCGUUUUUUUUAACCGACUUCAAAAAGAAGGAGGUCCUCACGUUGACUGUAUGUUUUUGUUUUCUUUUUUUUUUAUUUAUUUACCAGUGGCGAAGCAUGUAAUUUUGACGAAGGUAAGACAUCCCAAAGAAAAUUAAAUUCAUAGCGUUUGAUACAAACUUUGGGUUUCUUAUACAUCCAUAUACAGUGUGUUGUAAAAAAUACCGUCCGAUCCGAAAUGUGCGUGUAAACAUUAUAAUAUUAUAAACAGAAAAAAUAUUAAAAAAAAUAUUAUUCAAUAAUUAAGCAUUUUUAUCGUGAUAAUAAAGUUUUUAAUUUUUUCCUACAACACACUGUAUAUUUAUUACAAUAAUAAAAAUGUAUGUCUGGAUUUUUAAAAGGCGACGGGAAUAGGUUUUGUACUAUUUGAUAGAAACAGUUAAUUAUUAAUGCAUUUCUCUGGGGUUUUUUGAGAUUUCUCUGGGGUUUUUUGAGUCUUCAGAACAAAUGUAAAUGCCAGUAUAUUAUGUAACAAGGUGUGGGGAACUCAUUUGUUGGUGGUAACUGGUACCACAAAACUCUUAUCUGAAGAUACAGUACCACGUACACGUCUUAUACAGGAUGCUCCCAUAACUUCAAGGUGUUGACGAACUUAUAGGAGCCGAACUGCAUAAAUAAUAUUUUUUUUAACUAAAAAAUAAAAACUUUUUAUGUUUUCAUACAAAGUAAUUUAAAUAAUUCCGGCUAUCCGUGUAACACAAGCCUUUAUCUAUCAUUGCAUUUCAAAAACGUAAAACUUGACAACGUAUAAUUUAAUUAUAAGGAUAUGUAUAUGGGACACAUUUUAAGAUCUAUUUACAAAAGAAAUAUUAUUUAUCCCGAAAAUACUCUUUUUAGAACUUAGUUAAUAGUGGAUAGUUCUUUGAACAUUUUUAAUUAAUUUCAAAUCAAUUCAAAUCAAAAAUCAUUUAUUUCAAGUAGGCUCAGUUUACAAGCACUUUUGACACGUCAGUUGACUAUUUGUAAAGAUUCUACCACCGGUUCGGAAGGCAGGUUCUGCUGAGAAGAUACCGGCAAGAAACUCAACAGUUGCUCUUUUGAAAAAGUCAUACAGUAUUAUAAUUUACAAUUGAUAACAAUUACUGUUUACAUUUCUUAUAGUUUUACUUUCUGUGUGAAGGUGGAAGCUGAUCCAACGGCCUCCAAGCAUCUUUAUCAUUAAGGAACUCAUCAAUGUUGUAGUACCCUCGACUAAGUAAAUGUUUUUUAACACAUUGCUUAAAGCUAUGCAUUGGCAGGUCCAUCACAGUCUUGGGGAUCUUAUUAUAGAAGAGUACACCCAAACCUACAAAAGAUUUUUUUACUCUUUGGAGACGAUAAUCUUCUGUAAAGGAUUUUCUGUAAAGAAUAUAACCACCCAGCACUCUGUAUAAAUCAACCUAUAUUUGACAGCCUCACCCAAGACUAAUCCCUCGACCUCGUGAUUCGAAGUCACGUGUAUGCAGUUUUAGUUUUAUAGUAACUAAACGCUGCGUCUCGUUGCAUAUGCUCCGACCUUAAGUGUGUUAAUGAGUGCUAUAGCAUUUUAUUUUUUAUUAAAAUUACUAAAAUCUUUACUAGACUAAGAGCCUAUGAUGGCUAUACCUUCAUUUUAUAAAAGCCUCACAAAUAGAAAGUGAGUCAGCCCUUGCUCCUACCAUAGGUAAGUACAUUACCUAUUUUAUGGACUUUGACUUUAUUAUGAGCUAGUUUCAAAAGUCCACUCUCAAUUGUCUAAUUCUAAAAGGUAAUUUUUUUUAUAAGACAUCAUGACAAAUUAUGUUCGCAAUAGCUGAGCUUUAAGGCAACCCUUUACUAGAAACUUUCAUUUUUAAUAGUGUUUUGUGUCUUCGAAGAGUUGCCGCGAAGCCAAGCGACUAACGACUGGGAGUGUCUUCAUUUAGCGUAUUUUUUAUAUUUACCUUGAUAUAUACUCAGAGGCACAAAUUAUCCGCCCACUUUAAUAUACUCGCGUAUUAUUAAAGAGGGCGGAUAAUUGUGCCCCUGAGUAUAUUUUGAUUAUCAGUUACUCUAAAAACACUUGAAUAUCUAAGUUUAUAACCUCAGCACACGCUGAUUUCUUGUAUUAUGCAGAGUUAAAUAUUAAAAUAUUGGUCUACACUUGGAUAGUUAAGGGUCUGGGUUCGAUCCCCGGACCCUUGAUACUUUUUACAGUAGGAUGACAUUUCGGAAUUUCUUGCUUAAAGCUGUGCUAUUACCAGAUUUUAGGUAUCAGCGGUAACGUAGGGGUGCGGCAGCAGGACAUCAUCCUGCACCUUAAAAAUGAAAUAGUACCAACAUAUCCCAUAGUUGGCAUACUUUCUCGUGCCCACGGUAGGAGCAUGAACUGAUAAAGCUUUCAGAUUUUCUGAAAUGAGGAUGGUCUAGCCACCGCAGGCCCUCGUUAUAGGUGUGUGUGUAUGUAUGUAGGUAUGUAGAUAAAAAAAUGUAAAUAAUAUUAUGAUAGUUGCAAAGUUGUUGUUAUUUGAGAUAUUUAUAAGUAUAUUGUAAUUAAAAUCAAUUAACUAUUUUAUUUAAUAAAUAAUGUUGAUUUUGUUUAAAAUUCUA